AUGACUCCCUCCCCAAAGUUUUCCAAUCCAGACGUUGCCAAUUUCUCAACCAAAGAACUCAGGUCGUUGCAGAGACAAGUUGAGAACGAAUUGCAACGGAGAGCACAGAGAACUGACGAUGAUUCAGCCCCACCAAGGCGGUGCCAUUCAGGGAGAAAGGGCAUGAGACACGAAAGAAGGCAACACGGGUCACCUCCGGACCAUAUGCCUCCUUCGUCCCAUCGCCAUUCUCGCCACUUUCACCAUCUGAAUUACCCGCCACAUGCUCCUUAUGGCCAUGACUUUUACCAAUCCUCUCCGUUGCACCAUUAUUCUUAUGGCCAAGACCACUUCUCGUUCCCUCCUUCGCCACAUCCUUCCCACCACUACGGGUUCCGCCCUCCCCGUCCGCCACACCACCACGGGUUCCACCCUCCUUAUUCACCAUAUCACUAUGGUUUCCACGCGCCACCUCCACCCCACUUUGGUCCAUCGCCGUAUAACCCAGCUGACUGUCUGCGUAGGCACGGCCGCAGGAGAUCCGUGAAUGUGAUUUACUCCGACGGAAAUGAAUCUUUUUCCGACUUGUCUGACUCUGAUGGUACUCCAGAGAAUGAUGCUGUUGAGAACAGCGGUGGUGAAAAGAAGUAAGGAUAACGCUCGGUAUCCCCGGUUAGUUCUUUUCUAUUAUCCGAUAGUCUAUUAUCUUAUCUUUUCUCUCUCUCUCGAUUAUUUCUAUUACCUAACCUCUUCUUUUUCUCUUUCUCUUUUGUUUCUCUUGUUUCUUUUUCUUUUGUUUCUAUGGACCGACGAGUGAGACUGCUCGCAUGAAUUCCUCUAGUAUUUAAUUAAACAUAACCGCAAG